AUGGCAAGGCUGUGGCACUUCCUGCUCCUGUGCUGGGCAUGGAGUCCUCUGUGCCUUCCAUCCAGUGUAAGCUUCAUUGGUACACCGCAGGAGUGUGAAAAGGCUCACUUUGUCCCAGGUUACAACCUGGGUGGUGAAGGCUUUGACAUUGUGACGAUGGAGAGAAAAGGUGCCUAUGUCAUCGAUACUGAAACUUGGAAGAUUGGAAAUGGCACGUGCAGGAUGUACAGUAACAGCUACAUGAAUCGUGAGAAGCAGAAGGUCCCUGUCGCUGUGGUGGACUGGAGAAUGCUCCCCAAGUGCAGUUUGAAGGUCUCCAGUGUGGUCUAUGAUUCUGUUGAAAGCCUUGUCAAUGACUCAACAUCAUCUGUGUCCAACAACUGGAAAAUUGGCCUCGAAAUCCCUGUAGAUCCUUCCGUAAAGCUCGGGGUUGGCUUUGGUGGUUCCCACUCGAGAGAUUCUACCUUUGCCAUGAAAAAGUCAAAACAAGACCACUACACCUUCAUGCACCAUUCUGUCAACUGUAAAUUCUAUGGCUACAGACUGGCAACAAGUCCUCCUCUGAGUCAUGAAUUUAAGUCAGCUGUGGACUCCCUUCCCCCUUAUGCCUCUAACUCUGGGCCCUUAUAUCGCAAUCUGAUUGACACUUAUGGUACACAUUAUAUCACACAAGUGUCUCUUGGAGGUGAAAUUAAAGCAACCACUGCUGUCAGGGCCUGCAAGGCUACAAUGAAUGGACUAAAAGAUACAGAAGUUGGUGAUUGUUUGUCAGUUGAAGCUUCGGCUAGUUUUGCAAGUUCUGCUAGUAUUAAGGCCAUGUACGAACACUGUCAGAAAAAGAAAAACAAGCUGGGCUCUGAUCAAAGUUUCAGCAGUUCAUUUAAUGAGCGACACACAGAGGCUAUUGGUGGGGACAUUAAUGGAGCUGAUAUCCUCUUUCAAGGCCAGUCUGACCCUUCGGUCUAUAAAAGCUGGCUCAGCUCUCUCAAAACAACACCCGAUGUGGUCCAAUACAGUUUAAAGCCCCUGCACACCAUACUGCCAUUAAACCAUCCUGCCACAGCAGGACUGAAGCGAGAGGUAGAGCAGUACAUUAGGAGAAAUGCAGUGCUGAAGAAAUGUUCAGAAACCUGUAAGAUUGGGCACAGAUCAAAUGUAAGAGAUCCUUGUGCUUGUGCCUGCAACAGUAACCAGAAUGUCAAGUCAAACUGCUGUCCUGCUGGGAAAGGUUUUGCAACAUUAAAGGUGUUCAAACUUUAUGCGAACGAUCUGCAUGGUGACAAGUGGACUCAGACAGAUGGUUCAGUGAUGGUGACCUAUGGUGAAAAGAAAAUGCGCACUAAUAUCAUAAGUAAUAAUGACAACCCUAAAUGGAGAGAAACAUUUGAAUUUGGGACCAUCACCAUCAACAUGCAAGACAAACUUACAUUCACUGUGUAUGAUGAGGACACUUACUGGAACAGUGACAAGUUAGGCAUGUGUUCAUUUGAUCUGCACAGGGGGAAGGUGAGCGACAGCUGCAUGCUGAAUCAUGGUACUUUCUUCUUUUCCUACAUCGUAGAGUGUGCACCAAGUCUUGGUGGUAACCAGUGUCAGGAGUACAUCCCCUCUCCCAUGAGUCCCUCUUUAGCCGAGGUCUUCCACACCAGAAAUGGGGUCCUUCUUGGACAGAUUGGGAAGAAGUUUGCUUAGACAGUCAGUGAGUUAAUUUAACCUUCAAGAGACUAACUGGCCAUUGAUGACCUCAACAAUAUAUGUAGUUCUGAUCUUUCAUGUGAACCUUUUUUUAUAACUAUAACUAUAAAGCAACCGUGUACAAAUUAAGAGUUCAUACUGAGAGCAGCAAGAUGUGCUGCUACAGGAGGCUUGAGGCAUUUACUUAGUGUUCAAAGUAAUGAUGAACAUAGCUCAUUUAAGAGACAUGAAUUUAACCGUUUUUGUAAAAAGAAAGAUUAAAAUCCAUACUUAAUUGCAUCAUAACAUUUUAAAGAUUCAUCCAAGAUAAAGAGAUGGUAAACAAAGAUUAAUAAGUUUAAUAAAUCCCAAUAGAACUAUUAAAAAAAAAAAGAUUCCUUUUUUAACAUAAAAUGAGGUCAUAAAUGACCCCACUGUCUCAUUUUAGUUGCUAAAAUUGAUUUGUGGCUCAAGGGUUAAGGGCAGGCAUUGUUGACAUGAGAUGGGCUGAUGAGCAAAGGGAUUUGAUUAUAUGGUGAAUAUCUUUUUGCUUGUAGUUAUGCUGUCAUUGUUUUUUCUCUGUGCAAAAGUAUUUGAUUGAAUCCAAACACACUUGUGAGGACCUAGAAUUAUAAUCCACU